UCCACCCGAUUUACGUUCUUAUUGGGCCCUGAAACACGUGACUCCUGUUCUCGGUGUUCCUGGAACGAUGUUGCCCACAGUUUCGGACUAACCUAAACUUACACUGAUUUCUGCAGCGAAACGGUCUUCCUUCCACGUUGUUUUGACAUUUCGUUUGGGUAUAUACAUUACGUUCUUCAAUAUUUUUUGUGUUACGUUUCAUCUCUAAUUAUUAACAUCACAUGAGGACUCAGGAUCAUAUUUAUAUACUUUGAAGUUAAUUCAGCUCAGAUGAGGAAUAACGUUUGUAAAUUUUAGAUUGUCGUCAAUACUUACAGCUUUUUCAAAUAAAUAUAAAAGAAAUUUUUUGAAGUCCAUAGAAAACAUGUUGCACUUAAAGCAGCUUGGAAUUCGUUUGGCUAGUACAUCUGCUGCUUCAAGAACAACUGCAUCAGGAAAGUUGUUAGAUACCAUCAUAAGAGUAGAUCAUGCAGGAGAAUUAGGAGCUGACAGAAUAUAUGCUGGACAAAUGGCUGUCUUAGGUAGAACUGCUGUUGGUCCAACUAUUCAGCACAUGUGGGAUCAAGAAAAAAAGCAUCGUGCUAAAUUCGAAGAGUUAAUUCAGAAGUAUCGUGUAAGACCAACGGUUUUAACACCUCUUUGGAAUGUUGCUGGCUUUGUUCUUGGUGCAGGUACAGCUCUUAUGGGAGAGAAAGCAGCUAUGGCUUGUACUGUAGCGGUAGAGACAGUGAUUACAGAACAUUACAAUGAUCAGCUACGUAGAUUAAUGGAAAGUAAUGAGAAAAUAGACAAAGAAAUAUUGGAGACAAUUAAGAAAUUUCGAGACGAAGAACAAGAGCAUCAUGACACAGGCAUAGAUCAUGGUGCAGAACAAGCACCCUUCUAUCAAGCUUUAACAAAUGUUAUUAAAUGUGGCUGCAAAGCUGCUAUUUCAGUAUCUAAAGUUAUAUAAUUUGUUAAUAAGAUAUGUAUAUAAUAUUUAACAUGUAUUUUUUUUGUAACUAUUGAUUA